GCCGUCCUUUCCCGCGAGAGGCAGAGGCGCCACCACCGUUCACCAGCAGAUACACCCGCGGCCCCCUUCGCCUUCGGGGUCGAGAUCCGGGGAUUCGAUCGGGUACCUGAUCCCGUUUGGUGAUUCUCCCCCGGCCCGUUUGGAACCACGGACUAGAGCAUCCGCCAUGCCGAAAGUUGGGUUCGCCAGGGUGCUGUUGCUCCACGUUGCCGCGUUGGCCACGGCCGGCGCGGUCACGGCCGCCGCUGCCUUGGCGCGACGCCGCCGGCUCAGGGGGAGCAAGAGGAAGGCGCCGGCCAUGGCCGAAAUGCCGAGGCUUCAGGUGGCCGAGUCCGGUCGCGUGGAGCAGCUCGAGAAGUUCUCGCACUACGUCGCUAGGCAGCUUGGGUUCCAGGACAUCGACGAAUGCCCGCAGCUAUGCAAACUGGCAAACAACUACCUCAAGAACACCAAUAACUGCAUCGAUGACAUUUACGGGUUUUUCGAGAAUGUCGAAGACGCGGAGUCGCUUUACGUCAAGUUCGUAGAGGAGCUGGAAAAAUGCAUUUUGGGCUACUUCGCAUUCCACUGGGAUCAUGCUACUUAUUUCAUCAGCCAGGCCUUGACAGUGGAUAGCGGCACCAAAAAGAAGUUGAGGAACAUGGUUCUUGAAGCAACAAGGAAGCAGAGGUUCGAGCGCGUGACGCGGGACCUGAAGGUGACGCGGGUGUUCUCGACGCUGGUGGAGGAGAUGAAGGCGAUCGGCAUCGCCACCGCGAGCAACGGCGAGGAGGCCGAGGCGCAGUGCACGGACGUGAUGGCCCCCAUGGCGCACUCGGACCGCAGCCCCGUGCUGCUGCUGAUGGGCGGCGGGAUGGGCGCCGGCAAGAGCACCGUGCUCAAGGAGCUCAAGAAGGAGCCGUUCUGGUCGAAAGCGGAGGCGAACGCGGUGGUGGUUGAGGCGGACGCGUUCAAGGAGACGGACGUCAUCUACCGCGCCAUCAGCUCCAUGGGCCACCACAACGACAUGCUCCAGACAGCCGAGCUCGUGCACCAGUCGUCGACGGACGCGGCGUCGUCGCUGCUGGUGACGGCGCUGAACGAGGGCCGCGACGUGAUCCUGGACGGCACGCUGUCCUGGGAGCCCUUCGUGGAGCAGACCAUUGCCAUGGCGCGCGCCGUCCACCGCCAGCGCUACCGCAUGGGCGUUGGCUACAAGGUCGCCGACGACGGCACCAUCUCUGAGAACUACUGGGAGCCCGUCCAAGACCCCGAGGGCGCCCCCAACGGCACGUCUCCGACGAGGAAGCCGUACAGGAUCGAGGUUGUCGGCGUCGUCUGCGACGCCUACCUCGCCGUGGCCAGAGGGAUCAGGAGAGCGAUCAUCACGAGGCGAGCGGUGCGGGUGAGGUCACAGCUCCAGUCGCACAAGCGGUUCGCCGGCGCGUUCCAGAAGUACAGCCAGCUCGUCGACGGCGCCAGGCUCUACACCACCAACUCCCUGGGAUCCGCCAAGCUGAUCGCGUGGAAGGACGGGAUCAACAGCAGCCUGCUGGUGGAGCCGCGGGAGUUCGACUGCGUGGAGAAGGUGAGCAACCUUAACGUGGACGCCACCUCUGUCCACGACCUCUACCCCGACGGCACCACCACCUGCGGCUCCCGGUCCAUUUGGGACGACAUGAUCGCCUCGCCGUCCCGCGCCACCAUCCAGCUCGAGCUCCAGGAGGCCAUCCGGUCCAUGGAGCUCGCAAGCGCCGAGCCAGCGACGCCAGCCUUGUAGCGUUGACCAUGCAUAUAAAUGUUCAUGCUUGCAAGAGUUGAAUUCGAGGUGUCAAAAUGCGUUCUUUUGAUGACGCAAUGUAAUUCUUGAAUCCUGUUAAUGGUUUUCGCUGGUCCAGCAGAAAAAUUGGGCAAACCGGAAUCAAAUUUGUUGUAAUGAAAGUUUUCACAUUGUGA